AAGAAUGGUUUGGAAUGAUUUGGACCUUACAGUUCCCAGAGUAUGCAUUUUUCUUUCUGCAGAAAAUGACAUCUUUCAUUGGUGUGUACAGUGUAAAUAAGGAAUACAAGCAUUGUUUGUCAUGGUUUUCUGCUCUGCAGGAUUGCAUAUUGUCUCAAGAAUUGCUCUCAAUAUUGGUGUCAGCAAAAUUGUUUUUAUACUUUACAGAAACAUCACUGCUUUACUUGUUUUAGGACCUUUUGCUUAUUUUUUAGAAAAGAAGGAUAGACCACCCCUCACAUUUUCCCUAUUGGUUCAGUUUUUCUUCCUCGGUUUAAUAGGAGUCACAGCAAACCAAUCACUUUAUAUCUUAGGGUUGUAUUAUACAUCACCUACCUAUGCAUCAGCUAUGCAAAACUCAGUUCCUGCAAUUACUUUUGUCAUGGCUUCUGUUUUAAGGUUAGAAGAAGUGCAUAUUAAGAGGAGGGAUGGCAUGGCAAAAAUUCUUGGAACCAUAGCAAGUAUUGGAGGUGCCACAAUAAUCACCCUAUAUAAAGGCCCUCCCCUUCUAGGGGGAAGUGGUUUUUCUACAGAUAUAACUACUUCUCCAGAGAAAAUGCUGAAUAGGACGUUGGGUUGUGUUUACUUUAUUGUUCAGUGCUUAUCAUAUGCUGGUUAUAUGGUGCUUCAGGUUCCUAUGAUGAAAAAUUACCCCGCAAAAUUGUCACUUACCACAUUUCCAUGUUUUUUUGGAGUAAUCCAGCUCCUAGUUGUAACUGCUUUUACAGAAAGGGAUCCAAGAAAUUGGCGAAUUCAGUCUGGCAAGGAGGUUUUGACGAUUCUAUAUGUUGGUAUUAUAUUUUCUGGAGUUGUAUAUUCUCUCGUGACUUGGUGCAUUCAGAAAGGAGGGCCAGUGUUGACCGCCACGUUCCAGCCUCUGCAAACAGUAGUAGUUGCUGUCUUGGCCUUUGUAUUUCUUGGUAAUCGGUUGUAUUCAGGCGGGGUAUUUGGGGGGAUUCUGAUUGCAGCAGGGGUUUACCUAGUCUUAUGGGGUAAAAAUGAAGAGGAAAAAAUUGCUAACCAAGAUAAAGAAGGAGCGACAUUGAGAAAACAUCUUCUUGAUCAGGAAAACACAGAGGAAUGUCCUGUUACAGUUCAGGUGUGGGUUGUGACAAGGAUUUUCAUGAUGGUCUUGGCACACAACCUGAAAAUUGGGCAACAUCAUGAUGGGCUGCUCGGCAUGACAGACAAUGCGGGGUUCGACAAAUGCACCUUGAACGGAAGCAAGGCGCAUUUUACUUGGAUGUGCGGGUUGGCAAAACAAUGGCAAGGCAAAGCCAUGUCAAGCAGGGGCAAAGACAUGGCAAGGCAAGGCAAGGCGGGACAAGCAAUGGCAAAUGAUGCGGGCAGAUUUAAUCAAGUUGGGGGCGACUUGAUAUGAGCGGGCAACUGUGACAAUGAACGUGUGCGGCUAAGUCAGCGGGCGGCGAGAUGUGGCAAUGACAUUGGCGCGGAGCAGUGUCAAAGGCAAGGUUGGGCGCAAUGCCAACCUUGGCACAAAGCAGCUGGGCGAAAAUCAGGCACAUGCUGUGCACAAGCAGCAGUUGGAAAACAUGUGCAAAGCACAUGGGAAGCAGUUGGCAGUUGCAACCUCUUCCAAGACAUGCUGAUCAUGGCCUAAAAAUGUGCCCACGUUUUUGUAUUUUGUCUUAACUUGUUUGCCCAUCAGUUGGGGCUUGUCAACUGAUUUUAGCCUUAUAAAUACUUGCAUAGGUUGUCCAAAACAGGGCAGAAACUUAGUCUAAGGCAUUGUGUAGCCAAAAAUUCGUCUGAGUCAUUUCCUAAGGGUGGGAAAAUCAUUUUGGGCAGGGAAUUAGGGAAUUAUUUGUCUUGG